ACAUCUGCUCCGACUACUACAACAGCAGAUACAUCUGCAACAACAACAUCUCCUCUCACAACAACGACAACAGCAACAACAGCAACAACAGCACCUCCUCUGACUACAACAUCAUCUGCAACAACAACACCUGCUGAAACUUUUAUAGUGGCGACAACAACACCUCCUCCGACAACAACGACUGUGGCAACAACUACUGCUCCAACAACUACUGCAUCAACAACACCAGCAAUAAGUACAACGCCUGAUCCGACAACGACAGCGGUAACAACAUCUACUGAAACUGUUGCUCCGACUACAACAGCAGCAUCAUCUGCAACAACAACAUCUCCUCUCACAACAACAACAACAGCAACAACAGCACCUGAUGCAGUAACGUCAUCUGAAACAACAUCUGCUCCGACUACUACAACAGCAGGAACAACAUCUGAAACAACUACAACACCUGAUCCAACAACGACAGCGGUAACAACAUCUACUCAAACUAAUGUUCCGACUACAACAGCAGCAGCAACAACUACAACAACAACAGCAACAAUAGCACCUGAUGCAGUAACGUCAUCUGUAACAACAUCUGCUCCGACUACUACAACAGCAGGAACAUCAUCUGCAACAACAACAUCUCCUCUCACAACAAUGACAACAGUAACAACAGCACCUGAUGCAGUAACGUCUUCUGCAACAACAUCUGCUCCGACUACUACUACAGCAGAUACAUCUGCAACAACAACAUCUCCUCUCACAACAACGACAACAGCAACAACAGAAACAACAGCACCUCCUCUGACAACAACAUCAUCUUCAACAACAACACCUGCUGGAACUAUUAUAGUGGUGACAACAACACCUGCUCCGACAACAACGACAGUGGCAACAACUACUGCUCCAACAACUACUGCAUCAACAACAUCAGCAAUAAGUACAACGCCUGAUCCAACAACGACAGCGGUAACAUCUACUCAAACUGCUGCUCCGACUACAACAACAGAAGCAACAACAUCUACAUCAACAUCUGCACUGACUACAACAACAGCAGCAACAUCUGCAACAACAACAUCUCCUCUCACAACAACGACAACAGCAACAACAGCAACUGAUGCAGUAACGUCAUCUGAAACAACAUCUGCUCCGACUACUACAACAGCAGGAACAACAUCUGCAACAACUACAACACCUGAUCCGACAACGACAGCGGAAACAACACUUACUGAAACUACUGCUCCUACUACAACAGCAGCAACAUCUGCAACAACAACAUCUCCUCUCACAACAACGACAACAGCAACAACAGCACCUGAUGCAGUAACGUCAUCUGCAACAACAUCUGCUCCGACUACUACAACAGCAGAUACAUCUGCAACAACUACAACACCUGAUCCAACAACGACAGCGGUAACAACAUCUACUGAAACUACUGUUCCGACUACAACAACAGCAGCAACAACUACAACAACAACAGCAACAACAGCACCUGAUGCAGUAACGUCAUCUGCAACAACAACAUCUCCUCUCACAACAACGACAACAGCAACAACAGCAACAACAGCACCUCCUCUGACAACAACAUCAUCUGCAACAACAACUGCUGAAACUACUACAGUGGCGACAACAACACCUGCUCCGACAACAACGACAGUGGCAACAACUACUGCUCCAACAACUACUGCAUCAACAACAUCAGCAAUAAGUACAACGCCUGAUCCGACAACGACAGCGGUAACAACAUCUACUGAAACUACUGCUCUGACUACAUCAACAGCAGCAACAUCUGCAACAACAACAUCUCCUCUCACAACAACGACAACAGCAACAACAGCACCUGAUGCAGUAACGUCAUCUGCAACAACAUCUGCUCUGACUACUACAACAGCAGGAACAACAUCUGCAACAACUACAACACCUGAUCCAACAACGAGAGCGGUAACAACAUCUACUGAAACUACUGCUCCGAUUACAACAACAGCAGCAACAUCUGCAACAACAACAUCUCUUCUCACAACAACGACAACAGCAACAACAGCACCUGAUGCAGUAACGUCAUCUACAUCAACAUCUGCUCUGACUACAACAGCAGCAACAUCUGCAACAACAACAUCUCCUCUCACAACAACGACAACAGCAACAACACCUGAUGCAGUAUCGUCAUCUGCAACAACAUCUGUUCCGACUACAACAGCAGCAACAUCUGCAACAACAACAUCUCCUCUCACAACAACGACAACAGCAACAACAACACCUGAUGCAAUAACGUCAUCUGCAACAACAUCUGCUCCGACUACUACAAAAGCAGGAACGACAUCUGCAACAAGUACAAUGCCUGAUCCGACAACCACAGCGGUAACAACAUCUACUGAAACUACUGUUCCGACUACAACAACAACAGCAACAACUACAACAACAACAUCUCCUCUCACAACGACAACAGCAACAACAGCGACAACAGCACCUGAUGCAGUAACGUCAUCUGCAACAACAUCUGUUCCGACUACAACAACAGCAGUAACAUCUGCAUCAACAACAUCUCCUCUCUCAACAACAACAACAGCAACAACAGCACCUGAUGCAAUGAC